UAAAAUCGUCCGCAAGAGGCGCAACGGGUAAAUGUUGAAAGUGGCGAGAGCCAAGAAAAGUUCUAUUGUGCGAGCAUUUUAUAAAAAGUGAUUUUACCACAAUGGGGGUACCCAAAUUCUUUCGCUACAUCAGCGAACGAUAUCCAGGGAUUAAUGAACUGGUCCGGGAGAAUGAGAUUCCGGAGUUUGAUAAUCUCUAUUUGGACAUGAACGGGAUCAUCCACACGUGUUCCCAUCCAGACGACUCCAAUGUGCACUACCGCAUAUCGGAGGAGCAGAUUUUUAAGUCAAUCUUCCACUACUUGGACGUCCUUUUUCGCAUCAUCAAGCCGCAGAAGUUGAUGUUCAUGGCAGUGGAUGGAGUCGCCCCCAGGGCUAAGAUGAACCAGCAGCGGGGACGGCGAUUCCGUACGGCCAAGGAGACAGAGCGUCUCGAGGCACAGGCACGGGCAAAGGGUGAAAAAUUGCCAGACGAACCAAAGUUUGACAGCAAUUGCAUAACUCCGGGAACCCCCUUUAUGGCGCGUCUGCAAAAGGCGCUAAAGUUCUUCGUGAAGCAGCGUAUCAGCCAAAAUGAUGCAUGGAAGAAUUGCCGUGUGAUCCUCAGUGGGCACGAAACCCCCGGUGAGGGUGAACAUAAGAUUAUGGAGUACAUCCGGUACUUAAAGUCCAAGCCAGACUGGGAUCCCAAUACACGACACUGCCUCUACGGUUUAGAUGCAGAUCUCAUCAUGCUCGGUCUGUGCACGCACGAGCAACACUUCAGUCUACUCCGAGAGGAGGUUAAGUUUGGGAAGCACGCCAAACAUGCAGCAUCCGUGGACCACACGAGAUUCUACCUUCUACAUUUGGGAUUGCUUCGGGAGUACAUUGAGAUGGAAUUUGAAUGCCUCAAGGAGACCCUGCCGUUCGCUUUUGAUAUCGAAAGCAUCGUGGACGAUUGGGUCUUCAUGGGCUUCCUCGUGGGCAAUGAUUUCAUUCCUAAUUUGCCGAAUUUGCACAUCAACAAAAAUGCACUGCCAGAAAUUUAUGCUGCCUACAAGAGCGUCCUGCCCACCCUCGAUGGCUAUCUCAAUGACAGUGGGCAGCUGAAACUUGAGCGCCUGGAGCUCUUCCUCAAGAAGCUAGGACAGAAGGAUAGGGAAUUCUUUGAGGAGCAUUACGAUGAUUUGAAAUACUUGGAAACUAAGAGGGGGCUCAAUGGACUGGAGGAAUCUGACACAGACACUUCGGAUAUGAUUGGAUUAGAAGGUGGAUGCUUGGAGCUGGAGGAAUUGGCCAGGAGAACUCAAGAAAUGUGUUGUGGUUCGAGUGAUUCCGAUGAAGACAACGAGGAGGCGAUAUUUGAGAAGAGCUUCACCCUCUACAAGAGGAAUUACUACAUAACCAAGCUCAAAUAUCCAGAUGUGACUGAAGACGUCCUGCGAGAGCAGACAAAGUGCUACAUUGAAGCACUCCAAUGGACUCUUUUUUACUACUAUCGUGGCAUUAUUUCCUGGGGAUGGUACUAUCCUCACCACUAUGCUCCUUUUGUGAGUGAUUUGCAGAAUUUCCGCGAAUUGACAUUUAACUUUGAGAUGGGUCGCCCCUUUUUGCCAUUUGAGCAAUUGCUUGCGGUUCUUCCGGCAGCAAGCAAAGCCCAUCUUCCGGAGGCAUAUCAGGGACUCAUGACAGACCCAAAGAGUCACAUUAUUGAUUACUACCCAACGGAAUUUGAGACGGAUUUGAAUGGGAAGCGUCAAGAGUGGGAGGCUGUUGUUCUCAUUCCCUUUAUCAAUGAGGAGCGCCUUCUGCAGGCCAUGGCGCCGUGCCAUAAGAAUCUCACAGAUGAGGAAGUUGAACGAAAUGCCCACGGGCCAAUGUUGCAGUACGAUCACGUGCUGGAGAAUCAGGGAGUCUGUCAGGGUCCUGGUGAAGAGAUGAUCCAUUCGGUGUUUGCAAAGGAGACUCCCGUUGAUAGAAUUGAGAUCUACGUACCACACGACAGGAUGGUGCUGAAAAUGUCCGAAAAGACUCUCAAAGGAGUUCACUUCCCGGGCUUUCCCACCACAAAGCAUCUCCAGUAUACGUCGCGGCUGGAGACAGCCAGGGUGAAGGUAUUCGAGCAACCGAGUUUGAAUCCCAGCAUGAUUAUUCACCUAGAUCCUCAAUCCAAUGAUCUGGAUGGGGAUAUUCGUACAGUGGCACGGAAUCUCGUUGGCAAGGAAGUCUUCAUAGGAUGGCCCCACUUGGUUGAGGCCAGAGUAACGGCAAUCUCCAAUGAAAUGUCCCGCUAUGGACCCAAUGGUAUGGUGGAGGAACAGAAUUCAAAGGUAUUCAACCUCGCUGUGUCUGGACUUCGUGAGCACAAUAAAACGAGGCUGGGAAUUAAUAUUGGGGAGACUACAAAGCUUGUUCACGUGCAGACGAUUGAGUCACGUGAAUACAUUUUCGGUAAUAAAGGCGUGAUGACGCUCAGUAAAAAUUGGACGAAGAUUGAGCAGGCCUAUCCCCUUCAGACAAUUGUUAAGGACUUGACGGUGCAUAAUCCGGAUUUUAUGCAGUUCAAGACGGUGGAGGAAGUCUUCCCCAUUGGAUCCACUAUCUUCCUGCUCAGUACUCCGCAGUACGGAUGCCGUGGGGAGGUUAUUGAUACAUCAACAGUGGCAAGAAAUGAAAGAAUUAGAGUUUCCUUGAAUGUCUAUCCGGAACCUGAAUUCCCGGAAUUAAUUGAGAAGCACAGGAGAUCAUCCGAAAAGUAUCUCUCAUGCCUGAAGGCAGCUACGGAGAUUGGAAUAACGCCAUCGGCUCUUGGGUCAAUUUCUGGCUCUGUGAUCAUCAUUGGCGGACAGCGGAGACCCAUUCACAAUGAUGAUAAUGUCAAGAAAACCAACGUGGGGCUCCUGAUGCAAUCCCGCAAAGCAAAUACCGAGAUUCCAGGAUAUACAAAGAAAAUCCAGGGGUACUGGUACUAUAGUCCGGGUGUCGUGAAGAUUGUCUCGGAUUAUCUAAACAAAUUCCCACGCUUGUUCAGUUUGCUGGCUGAUAGGCGUCAGGGGGAGAUUUUUGAGGAGGAUUUGCAGCCAACAGAGCUAAAUGGGAGUCUAUUGCAGGAGAUGGUGGCUUUUGUCAAGGAGCAGCCACAUUAUAACAUGGAAAGACAACAGAUUGGAUCGCAAUUCAUUGAAAAGGAUAUCCUGGAGGAGAUUAUUGAUGUGGUGCAAGAGACAAAGAAUAAUCGUGUGUACAAGCAGUUGAAGCUGCAAAUUAAGCCACGUCUUGUGUACAGACCAGGUCUAGUUAAGAGCACCAAAGGCCCAGAUCCGGAUGUAAAGUUUAGGGUCUUUGAUCGAGUAAUUAUGGCCAGCACAGCGUACCCUGUGCCAAUGGGCCUAAAAGGAACUGUUGUGUCAAUUAUUCCAUCAGUUGAUCCCAAUCCCAUUCGCUACGUGACUUCCAAAGUUGAUGCAGCAAAGCUCAUUGAUGUACUGUUUGAUGAAGAAUUCGAAGCCGGGCAGUCGCUGUAUGGAUUAGCUGAGAAACGUGUAAUGCGACUUCCUGACUAUGUGCUCAUUAAUAUCACAUACGGACGCAUGAGGUACACCCAGAAGGAGCAAAAGCCCGCGAAGGAACCUCAACAAUCUCGAGAAUUCUACCCGAGAAAUCCGCUAAAGUCCCAAACAGUCCAUUCAGAAGCAGCUCCAGCUGCAAGAAAAAGCAAACUUCCGGAAAAUCAAUCUCCAAAUCCCAUUCCUGUGGCAAGUAAGGUCAGGAAUGAUGCAAAAAUGCCAGAGAAACCAAAAGUUGAGGCAAAAACUUACAAUGAUAUUUGGGCACAGCUGAAAGAGCAGAAGUAUCCACUUCCUCCGGUUCACAUGGUCCCCAUUGAACCACGACCAAAAAUUCAGGUCGCUGUGGAUGGGUCUGAUCUUCUACGGAAACUACUUAAGUUAGACCCUAAUCCGGCUGAUGAAACUACCGCACCCAAGGGGAUUCCUGAUCAGCCAACAGCUCCGGCUAAACUUCCACCACCACCACCAUCUUGGCGGGAAGAAGCAGCUGCCAAAAAUUCAGGGAAAACUCAGACAUUCCCCAAAUGGAUUCCUCCGCCGGAAGUUAAGAAAUCCUCAGAAGGAAAGAAGUCGUCAGAAGUGAAGAAAUCUUCAGAACUGAAGAAGCAAGCUGAUGCUAAGAAGUUAUCGGAAGUACAGAGGCAAAUGGAAGUGAAUAAACCAAAAGUAGAAAAGAUAGGAGUUCCGAAUAUGGAGGAUUUAAUUAAAUUUCAGGCCUGGCGACAUCAGCAAACACCUCCAAGGCCAACAAUUAUUCAUCCAUCACCCAAAGGGAGCUUCCAACCAACUCUGUCGGCUUUUGCAAUGCACCAGAAGAAGCCACCGCUCAUCUAUCCACCACCACCGUUCCCCGGGAUGUUUCCAGCAUGGCAAAUGAGACCCAAUUUCCCACAGCAGCCACUCAAUUUCUGGCCACACGCUCGUCCUCAGGGCUUUCCGAUGAUGCCCAAUCAGCUGCAGAAUCAGUUGCAAUCAAUGAUUAUACCGCCAAAUAUGAAUCCCACAACAACAACCACAGGGGGCACACACAAUGGUUUCAUUCCCCUCCAGGCGGCUAGGAAGAUUGUCAAGCAGAAGAAUUCGCAGCAACCGGCAAAGGAGACACCCUUUGAGCAGCGGAAUACGCAACAGAGGCAACGUGUGCAGCAAAAUCAACAGGAGAAUCGGCAAAAGUUCACAGCUUUUGUGGCUAAAAUUGCCAAUGAAAGUGGGGAAACAGCAAAGGAGGAAUCUCCCGCCACUCCUGCAAAAGUACAAGUGCUACCAACUAAGGUAAAUCCACACCAGAAGCAUCCCAUGAGCCAAGAUCUUAAAAAAUCUUCUUCUUCUUCUUUUCAUGUGCAGAAGUCCCAACCACCGACACCCCGGCAAGCACGUAUUGCUGCAAAAUUCGACGUCAGUUCAUAAAGGAACAAACUCAUUAAUUUUCUUUUUUUGGUAACGGAAUUACACAUCUUUUCCCGGAAGACUUUCCUGCUUGUGGAAUAUUUUUCACCAGUCAAGCAUUGUGAGUUAAAAAAAAUCAUGUGAUAUAUUGAUAUUGAAAUAUAUUUUACAUGUGGGA